AUGUUUGCUGUCGCUGUGGGCACUGAAGAACUGCCUCCGGGGCAGAGAGGAGCUCAGUGUCCGGCGGCUCUGCCGCACGGUAAGGUUGCUGCCGUAUUCUACAGCUCGUCCAAAUCAUGCGCAUCUGAAGGCUAUUAUGUGCCCGGAGUGGGCAGCACGCGGGCCUUGCGGGCUGCGCAUGAACAGGAAAGGAGAAAAAAUCUCGUCAAAUGGGCCUGCACCGUCUCGUACGUCUCCAUCUUCAUGAGCGUCGUUUUCGGCGUGGCGUCCAUGGCCUGCGGCGUCAUGGGAGACAUUAUUUUGUCUCUCGUCGCGCUUGCCCUGGAGACCUGGAUCGACAUGCUCUCUUCUGUAGCUGUGCUGUGGCGUUUCCAAGACGACGAAGAGCCGGGGCCUGGUGUGCCGGCCGUUCUUCAUCCCCCCGUGCCCUUCGGGCGAGGUUGCUCUUCGCCUGUGUCGUUCAUGAAACGGGAGGAGUCGUCGGUCUCGACUGCUGUUCUGCCUUCUACAAAGUCCGGAGCACAGAAGCCGAAACCGAGCGGUGUGUCGUCGCCUGCGAGGCCGCCCUGUUCGUCCAAGGUCUCUCCGUCGUCGCCCGUGGCUGCUGCGUUGACGCCGCCGUGCUCGUCACGUUCCUGCACGCCUCCCGCCAGCGGGUCGCCGCUGCCUCUCUGCGGCAGGCCUGAGAGGGACUCCAAAGAUACGCACACGCGACUGGAGCUGCAGGCGCCUCUGUCCCUGCCAGGGCCGUCGACUGACGUGGAGGCUCGUGGCAGCUCAGCCGCGACCACGCCGCCGUCAGACAGCGUGGCUACUGCUGCACGCUUCUGGUUUAGCGGCGAUGCGUCGCCGCAGGGCGCCUCGACGCCAACGGCAGAGAGCGCGGGACGACCGAAGAGCGCACCUACGCCGCGAGCCGACUCGCUGCCGCCAUUGAGCCGAGGUCUGUCGUACGCGGCGCGCGAGCGGCGCUCGUCGAUGGCUGUCGGCUGCCUCUUUGUGGGUCUCGCAAUCUGGGUCUCAGUGCAGGCCCUCUUUGACCUUGUCGCGACUCGCGCGCCUCGCGGACACGCGGUUCCACAGGCUGAACAGGCCCAUCAGUUCUCGCAGGAACUCUCCACGGAAUACCGUUCCGCGCUUCUCACGUGCGUGCUGUGCUGGCCGAGUGCGCUGAUCUUUGGCGCGCUUGCUCUUGCCAAAUUCGAUCUCGCCGCCCGUCUCCGCAGUCAGGUCCUCGGGCGAGAUGCAAUGUGCUCCGCGUUCGGCGUUGCACUGUCCCUUGUUGCGGGAAUCGUCAAUUUCAUCGCCCUGGCACGCAUCGGCUAUAGUUCGGGUUCUCCGCAUAGAGAACCUGCUGCCGCCGUUUCCACGCGGGACCUGACGAGCUACGACGCUGUUGCUGCGCUGGUGAUCGGCGUGCUGAUGCUGCUCGAGGGCGUCCGAACGAUCGCGACGAACUGGAGUCCGACGCGGCUGGAAUCGCUGACUGGAAAUCACGUCCGCGUUGUGGCGAGCACCAGCGCCUACUCGGAAGCGUGUUCCCUCUCGCCUCUACCAGCAGACCCACGCAAAGGUUAG